AUGAAUCGUCUUCCUGUAUCAAGCCUGAUGUCACCCCCGGAGACGAAGCCUUUGGAGAAUUUCCAACACUCUCCAUUCAUCAGAGACUCCUCGUCCUUGGAUAUCAAACUACCCCCCAUCUCAGCUGAUCGCAAGCGUACACAGUCGGAGAUGGAUCUACCGUCGCCCCCGGUGACCCCAUACACGGGCACCAAGAAACGACACUCUCACACAGCGGAGCAGAUGGAGCGUGAGGUGGGUUCCUCCCGAGAUCCAGUGCUGUUCCCUCGACAUGAGUCUAUCGCGGGGGAGGAACAGCCGCUUUUCGGUCCCAUCCACUCCACCCCCGAGGCCGUCGUGGAGCAGCAUAUCACCUCCCACAUGGCUCGCUUUGACAACAAGCGUAAUAAACCCACGCGCGAUGAAUAUCUGCUUGCGCUGUCGUGCGUCCCCAUCGUUUCUACCCAGUACAACCGCAACCCGAUGGCCUGGGCCCGGGAGGAGCGUGAGACGUUGGAACGGCAGCUAGCCUUGAUGAAUCGCUACCGACCGACCGAUCUGGCGGCCAAGUUGAAGAAGAUUGCUCCGGCCCCAAAGAAAGCGGCCAUGACCCCCCGGGUUCAGCGCACCCGAGUCAAGCGCACCCCUAAAUCUACCCCUAAGCAACAGACCAUGGAUACCUUUGAUUCCCCCCCUAGUGCCUCCAAAUCGCGGGCCUUGGGUACCAAUCGGGAUGACACCGACUUUCAGGCCCUGCAGGACUUCUCGCCUCCAUUGGAUACGCUAGGCAGCAACGCCAAAGCAUUGAAGGCCGACUGGAAAGGGCAAAUGUUGGAUUUGAGCAAUGACCCGGACAGACAUAUGCUCAGUCCGGCCGAGCUGAAUCUAGCCUCUACCCUGCGAUUGUCCUGCGCCACUUAUCUGUGCAGUAAGCGCCGCAUUUUUGAAGCUCGCGUGCGCGCCCUAGGCGUGGGCAAGGAAUUCCGCAAGACGGAUGCCCAGCAGGCCUGCAAAAUUGAUGUCAACAAAGCCAGCAAGCUCUGGACUGCCUAUGAGCGUGUCGGAUGGUUCAAGCCCGAGUUCUUCCACCAGUAUCUGAGAUGA